AUGAUCUUCAACUGUUUACUACUUCUUUUUUUACUUCCGAACGCAAAUCCACUUUCUACUACGGAUACAACAAUUCUGACUACAUCUGAUCCGACUAAGCCAACAGAAAUGCCUCUGGUAGAUUGCUAUUCUGAGAUUAAAGGUCAAUUCAUUGGUAAGGCUUUCAAUGAUCCCGUUACUACUGUACACUGCUCUGAAUCAGUGUAUUGUCAGAAAAUGACAGCCAAUUAUUUGUCAAUAAAUGGAGAGACACACGUGACCAUGAAAGGUUGUGACGAGAUGAGCAUUCCGGGAAUUUUUGAGGGAAUCGAAUGUAAUUAUGAGGGAUGUUUCGAACAAACGAUUAAAGAAGAAUUGUAUAACAUAUGCUGUUGUAGAGGAGAAUUAUGCAAUGAUAGCAAAGAAUGGAAUACGUCUUUACACUUAAUUAUAUCAUUUAUAAUAUAUUAUUUAAUUAUUUAA